CCCUUGCCUGAUAGUUUGGAGUUGCAGACUUAAGUUACAGGUUGAUUUUCGCAUUCGAAGGAAAGAAAUUCUUUGAUGCCACACUCCCCAGACUGAAUUAUUUUCCUUGAUGCCUGCAACAGACGAUUCAGAAUGCUACGUCUGCAUCAGAAAUUAUUACAUAUCUAGGGGAGCUCUUUUUAAUAUUUUAUGUGUAUUGGACAUCAGCACUGCAUUCGUAAUGGAUUUUUAGGAUAUCCGCAUGUCUUUUUGGACCUAUUUUAGCUCUUUUUGAUUUUUGUUUUUAUGUCACUUAAUUGAUUGACCUAUAUGGUGUAAGAGUUCAUCUUUAAUUGGGUUUCACUUUUGCCCUAUCUUACCAAUAAAUCACAAGGGAAUGCACUUUAGAGACAAUAUUUUUGCCUUCUGCCACGACGAUGGAUAUCCGAGACAAAUCAGAGAACAAUUCUCUGCUUUAGCGAUUUUACUUUUCUUUACCCUGAAAUAGGUUACGAGAUGGGCUGAGCAUCCCGAUUCAAGUGUUCUCUGAAAUUUGUAUUUUCUCUUUAUAUCAUAAUGUGUAUUGUGACAUUUUCGAAGUUUGAAACAUUUUAAACUUCACAGUUUGAAACGUCUUAAACUGUCAGAAAAAAAAACUUUUUUUUAACGGCCAUAGAGUUUACACUGAGAAUUGUUUGAAAUUCUUCUGGGGCGGACUGGCAGUGCCACAAGGACGCCGCGCGCAGCGGACAGAACUAGAAGAGUAGGCUACUCUCAAAUUUCGCAUGGAGCCGAGGGAUACCGUUCUCCCUUUUCAUCACUGGAUGAUGUGGCUCACACACCUCACGUUCGUUCUGCUCCGAAUGGCCAUAUCCGCGGAGGGACUUUCCACGUGCCAUUCCGUUAGCCUGGACGACCAUAAGUCCAAACGCAUCGAGGCUGUCCGCGGUCAGAUCCUGAGCAAGCUCCGCAUCCGCACCCCACCGGAGCCCAUCGUGACCCCGCCGCCUGAGACCGUGCCAGCCGAGGUCAUGUUACUCUAUAACAGCACGCGAGAGCUGUUGAAGGAGCGUGCGCGCCAGGCCGAGUCCGCUUGCGACCGAGAGAGCAGUGAGGAGGAUUAUUACGCGAAAGAAGUUCAGCGUAUAGAUAUGCUUCCGCCGCGCACGGACACUAAUGUUGUUGGCCCAGUGGCCUCCAGCCCUUACUACAGAGUGGUUGAGUUUGACGUGAGUGGGGUGGACAUUAACUCGAGCACGCUGGUCAAAGCCGAGUUCAGAAUCUAUAAAGCUCCCAAUCCUCAGGCACGCACAACGGAGCAGAGAGUGGAAAUCUACCAGCUGUUGAAACCUGAAGAAGUGACAAGCCCAACGCAGCGCUACAUCGACUCUCGAACCGUUCGCCCCCGGGCCAAGGGGGCAUGGCUGUCUGUCGAUGUCACAGAGACUGUGAAGGACUGGUUGGCUGAUACAGAAAGCAACCUGGGUUUGAAGCUGGGGGUCCACUGUCCCUGUUGCACCUUUGUUCCCUCCACCAACAACAUUGUACCCAACAAGAGUGAGGAGUUGGAAGCUCGCUUUGCAGGUGUGGAUGACGAGCUGCUCCGUCAGGCGAAGAAGCCGGGGCUGGUGAAGGGCCAGGUGGAGUUUAGCACCAAGACGCCCCACCUCAUUGUCACCCUGCUGCCCAGUGACAGGCUGGACAACCCGGGCAAGAAGACUCGCAAGAGGAGGGCGGCUGCCGCGGACACCUCCACCUGCUCCAGGAACUCAGACCCCGGCUGCUGCCUUCGUUCCCUCUAUAUCGACUUCCGACGCGACCUCAACUGGAAGUGGAUUCAUGAACCUAAGGGUUACCGUGCCAACUUUUGUUCCGGAAGCUGCCCUUACCUCUGGAGUGCAGACAACCACUACAACAUGAUCCUGCCCCUGUAUAACAAGCUGAACCCGGAGGCCUCGGCCUCGCCCUGCUGCGUGCCCCAGGACCUGGAGCCCCUCACCAUCGUGUACUUCAUGGGCCGCACACCGCGCGUCGAACAGCUCUCCAACAUGGUGGUCAAGUCCUGCAAGUGUCGUUGACACUCCAGACGAGAAGGAAGAGGAGGAAGAGGAGGGAAACAGGCGGCUUGAGGGAGGGAUUUGGACCCGAAGCGACAAAGAACCCGUAGUUCUCCUGGAAAGAGGACAGAGUGAACUUUCCUUUGUAUAUUCAGACCUUUUGUUGUAUUGUUCUUUGUAUACUUGCAUAACUGUGUUAACAGUUCACACUCGUGUUAAGGAUACAGUAUAUUCCACAAUAACACAAGCAUGACACACUUGAAUCCCAGUUCUGACAGUUGUCUUCUCAAUGCAUUCCUAGAGAUACCUACGCUGGAAAAUGUUAUACCACAAUAGAAAAUGUAAAUAUCACACUUAACAUAUCUGUCUAACGAAAGAUCCCUUUUUCAAAAUAAAAAUCUAAAAAAUGUCUGCUUGCAGUGACUUCUACCAAACUGCU